AUGGACUGGUCCACCGAAUACAUGGGCCUCAGUUCCCAGUUUAACUUCGCCAUGAACACUUUCCCGGGGCCCCCUCUUACUUCUGGUCCGGCAGCCCACCACACAGACCCCUCCAUGGGAAAUUGGAGCUCUCCCUUGGAGCAGAACCAGCUUUUUGAGAAUGGCAUAGCUGUCGACCCUGCCGCCAAUGCCACCACCACUUCCAUGUGGGAUUCAAGCCCCUUCAUGGGAAAUAGUCGACCCGACCAGUCCGCUCUCGCCGCCGCUGCCACUCCUCAUGCAGCCACCUCCGUGGGGUAUUGGGACCCCUCCAUGGAGUCGACCUCAACAUUCGCCGCUUCUACCAUCUCGCCUACUUCCAUCACUACCCACGCGGCCGCCGCGACCACCAUGGGGGCUUGGGCACCCUCCAUGGUCUCCAGUCGCGAGUCCGUAAACCGAUGGAAUCAGGCCAUUGCACCCGCCAAGCAAGGCAACUCUUUCCCGGGCUCCAUGUGGGCACCUCACCCCUCCGUGGAGUUCAGUCCCUCGCGCAUGGCCGAUUGCCAUGCGGCGGCUGAUCGCACCGUCUACGGCUUUGUGGAUCUCAGCAACGACCUGGCGGACGCGGCCGCCGCCCGGGGUGCCGGGGUCCCCCAAACCCCCUCUUGCGCAAGCUCGCCCCGGUACAGCACUGUAUCCUGGGUUGAUGCUUCGCCCUCGGCGGUCAGGCGGUUCAAGCCCCCGAAAGCGCGCUCGGCAGUCGCCGUGUCGCCGCCGCAGCUCGGGAAGAGGGGCCCUCCGGAGCCCCUCCCAAAGAGCUGGGGGGAGUUGAGUCGCUGGGACUCGCUCAUGUUUGAGGCUCGGAUCCUGGGUAGAACCUGGGCCGACAUCGCAGAGCUCCGUACCCGCGAGGGUCGCAAGAUGACGGCGAGCAGCUGCCGUACCCGCGUUACCCGGAUCGAAGAGAAGCUCGGGGACUGGCCAGGGCGCAGGCUGCCGUAG